UUCAAGUUAUACACCUGUUCACGUGUUUUUCGAUUUCUAUACUACCAUCCUCAGAGAAAUAAACCAUAAAAACAGGACCGAUUUCGAACAUAAUUAUCAAGACAAUGUCGGAAGACAGUGAAAAUGAUACUAUCAGCAGCAGUGAAACGGAAGACGAAGACAUUCCAGAUGAUAUACUCGAUAAGGACUUCUUCAAGACACUGAGCCAUUUGAAAAACAAAGAUCCUGUCAUUUAUGAUGAAAACGUACAUUUUUUUAGCGAAAAAGAAUCGCAGAAUGAACCUUCGAUUAACAAAAAGAAUGAGCAUCUCUAUUUGAGGGAUUACGAAAGGGAAAUGCUAUUGGGAGGAAUAUCUGAGGACAAUGACAAAACAAAUGAGAAAGGAUUGACAUAUGUUGAAGAGCAAAAACAAUUGAAAACAGCAUUUAAAUCAUUGAUUGACAACGAUAGCGAUGAUGAAGGUUUGCUUCAGAAGAAGGAAAAAACGGAAAAGGAGAAAAUCAAGGAGGAAGAAGAGUACGUAGUUUGGCUUAAAGGAAGAAAAGACGACAUAGCGAAUAAAAGCGAGGAAGGUGUAUUGAAACCUUUAAGAGAUUACUGGAAUAACCCAGAAUUAGACAAAGGCGAGGAAUUUCUGAAAGAUUAUAUUCUCAAUCAGAGAUGGAGGGAAAAAGAAGAUGUGGUCGAAGACUGCGAUCUUUCUGAAGAUGGUGACCUUUUAGAAGCUCAAGAGAAUUUCGAAAGAGAAUAUAACUUUAAAGACGACAAUGGGGCUAAUAUAGAGCUCAAAAGGUUUCCUAGGAAAGUUGAAGGUUCGUUGAGAAAAAAGGAUGAUUCGAGAAAGAGGAAGAGAGCCGAGAUUACACAAAGAAAAAAGGAAGAGAAGAAAAAGAAGAAGUUAGAUAUUCAAAAAGCGCAAAAGGAAAAACUCAACGACAUUAAGUCACGGUUAGAACAGCUCAAGGCCAUGACUGGAAAUGAGACUCUCGGUGUCGACGAUAGUGAAGUAAUAGGAGAUUUCGAUCCAGAUAAACAUGAUAACAUGAUGAACCAGCUUUACGGUGAUGAGUUUUACUCAAAAGAAGAUUUAGAAAAGCCAGAGUUUAAUAUGGAUGAUAUGGAUUGUGAUAUAGAUGAAUAUGAAAAUGUCACAAGAAGUAAAAAGAAAAAAGAUAGAAAGAGGAAAAACAAAAAGGCCAAAGUCAAAGAUAUAACAGAUGUUAUUAAACCCGAGGAUGAAAACUUUCAAGAGAUGGCUAAUGAAUUUUACUCACUCGAUUGUGAGGAUUUUAUCGAUGACAUACCUUGCCGCUUUAAAUACCGAGAAGUGGUGCCAAACGACUACGGGCUUACAGUCGAAGAGAUACUGGCAGCGGAUGAAGCUGAAUUAAACAAAUGGGUGCCUGUUUCAAAACUGUACAAAAUCAGACCAGCACAUGUAGAAAAGAAUGAGAUAAAAACUUACAGAAAGAAAGCCUCAGAUUUAAAAUUGAAAUCGAAAUUGCUUCCAAGUCUGUUUAAGACUGAAGAAGAGAUAGAAAUAGAGAAACCUGAAAGUCAUGAUAGAUCAAAUUUGAUAAAUGAAGAUGACAAACUGGAGACAAAUGAAAAUAACUUGGUAAAGAAAAAAAAGGAACAGAAAACGAGUUUAAACACUGAAUCACAAGGGGUUUCCAACCAAUUGAAUUUAUCAUCACCAACGGAUAAAAGUGAUUUUAUAGAAAAUGAAAGUAAAGAUGGACACCAAAUUGACAAAACUCAUUCAAAAAUGAAUAAUGAUAAAGUCAAUAGAAAAAAGAAAACGGGAUUAAAUAUCGAAUCCCAAUCACCUUCCAGCCAAUCGAAAAAUAUCUCACCAAUGGAGACAAGCGAUUGUACAGAAAAUGAUCAUAAAGACAACCCAACUGACAGAAAUAAUUCUGAAAUGACUAACAGCAUUAAAUCAAGCAAAAAGAAGAGAAAGCGAAAGAAGAAAAUGAUGGAAGAUAAUCAGAAUGGUCCACAUCGUAGCGGUACAGAAAUUCACAAGAAAGAUUCAAUAUUUGUCAAAAAGAAUGGUACAAAAUUCCAGAAUAAGAAAACAAAGAAAGAUCCUGCUAGCAACAUCAGCGACAACCGACUUUUGGCAUAUGAUAUCAAACCAAAACGCUUUCGUUCAAAAUUUCAAUUUAGUACAUAAGUCUUUUUGGUUUUAAGAGGAUUGUAUCUAAAUUAUUAUAUAUACACAGUAUAUAAACAAAACUGUAAAUAGAAAUUGUAAAUAAAUUAAUUUUUAACA